AUGGUCCCUAAAUUUUACAAACUUUCGAAUGGCUUUAAAAUCCCAAGCAUUGCUUUGGGCACCUACGAUAUUCCAAGAUCGCAAACAGUUGAAAUUGUGUAUGAAGGUAUCAAGUGCGGCUAUCGUCAUUUCGAUACUGCUGUACUUUAUGGUAAUGAAAAAGAAGUUGGCGAUGGUAUCACCAAGUGGUUAAACGAAGAUCCGGAAAACCAUAAACGUGAAGAAAUCUUCUAUACCACUAAAUUGUGGAAUUCGCAAAACGGAUAUAAAAAAGCUAAAGCUGCCAUUCAACAAUGUUUGAACGAAGUUUCGAGCCUGAAAUACAUUGAUCUUCUUUUGAUUCAUUCACCAUUGGAAGGUCCUAAAUUGAGGUUGGAGACUUGGCGGGCUAUGCAAGAAGCAGUUGAUGAAGGAUUGGUUAAGUCUAUAGGGGUUUCCAACUAUGGAAAAAAACACAUCGAUGAACUUUUGAAUUGGCCAGAACUGAAGUAUAAGCCAGUAGUCAACCAAAUCGAAAUAUCGCCCUGGAUUAUGAGACAAGAAUUAGCAGAUUAUUGUAAAUCUAAAGGUCUCGUCGUCGAAGCCUUUGCCCCAUUGUGUCACGGCUACAAAAUGACCAAUCCAGACUUAUUGAAAGUUUGCAAGGAGGUAGACCAUAAUCCAGGUCAAGUGCUAAUCCGUUGGUCUUUACAACACGGUUAUUUACCACUACCGAAGACUAAAACUGUGAAAAGAUUAGAAGGUAACCUUGCAGCCUAUGAAUUUGAAUUGUCAGACGAACAGAUGAAAAUUCUUGAUCAUCCUGAUGCUUAUGAGCCUACCGAUUGGGAAUGCACAGAUGCGCCAUAA